AUUUGUUACUGGAGUUUCACCUUAUAUUUUCCUUUGUACAAUUGUACCUGAACCCUAGCUUUCCAAGGUGCACACUCGUAGCAUACAAGCUUCGAACUCGACGUGGUCAAAUUUUCUAGUGGAGUGAAUUAACGUGAAGAUGGCUGAGUUUCACUUCGAUGAUAUUAUCAAGGUCGUCCAGGUGGAUGCAGAUGGUAAAAAAUACGAUAAAGUUUCUCGCAUUGAUGCAAAGAGCCAAGAUGGCGAUGCAGAUAUAGUUCUAGAUAUCAACUCCGAGUUAUAUCCUGUUAACAAGAAUGAUACAUAUCGGAUGGUUUUAUCACAUACUCUUAAUUUAGACGGUUCGGCUGUUGGUCCAAAGGGCAAUCCGAAAUCACUUGCAGACAAAUUUGAGUAUAUCAUGCAUGGGCUUCUAUAUAAGGUCGCAGAAGAGUCAUCUAAAGUGGUGGUAUACAUUUCUUUUGGAGGACUCCAACUGAAGCUGAGAAGUGACCCACUGAAAAUGCACAAAUUCAAGCUUGACCAAAGGCUUUUCCUACUUUUGAGGAAAAUGUGAAUUCUAUUGUAUGACUAUUUUGAGGUUUCAAUGGAUUGUUGGAAUCGAGAUAGUUUUUUGUGUCUAAGUUGGUAAUAUUGCAGUAGGUGUUCUGUACUUCUGUUGGAUCCAUAUUGAUGAAAACUUGUCCAAAUCUAGCAAGGAUUCUUUUGUAUUUUUCUAUGCAAUAUUGCAAUACAAUUGUUGUUUAGAUGUCA